UGGCACGAUUUUUUGUGUGUUGACACAGUGGCAUACGCACGCCAUGAGGUGUUAAGACACUGUGUUGGCACAAUUGUGUUAUUGCUACCUAUCGAAAGUGGAUCAAGAAACUCCUUAACUCUUCGCUCGAAUUUGCUAUUUCCUUAUGUUUUGCGAUUAUUGGCGGCGAGAGCACUCAACACAGCAGAGUGUGCCAUGUGUGCUAAAAACACUUCCCAGUUUGUGCUUUCAUACUGUGCCAAGUGUGCUACUGUGCUAUCGUUUAAUCGAAAAGUGUGCCUGUGCGUGCGGCACAUCGAUGAGUGUUAGCACAGUAACACAGCACUGUGUUGUAUUACACAUCAGUACUUCUCAGCGCGUAAAUAAAAAUUAACAAAAAGAAAAAUGGACAGAUUUUUGAUUCGAACUGAUGGUAAUAACAAUGCUUGUGAAGAGGAGAGUGUUGUGCUGAACGAAAAUGAAAGGCGAAAGAUAUGCUCCUCAUGGAUUGCUGAUUUCAGUGAUUGGCUAAUUAAAAAGGAAACUGCUGCAGGUGAUGAAGAACUUUUUUGCAAGGUAUGCAAUGCCUUUCUUAAAGUGAGUUCCGGCAAAUCAGAUUUAAUAAGCCACAAGAAUACCCAAACGCAUAAAACCAGAUCAAUUUGUAUUACGAAUAGUCAAACCACUAUUGCGGAGCAGUUCAGAAAUAACACUAGAGAAACGAGACUGGUACAAACCUUGUAACUUCAGUUAAGUGCAUUUAUAGCGGAACAUAGCCUGCCCUUCUCCUGCAUGGACCAUUUGUCACUGUUUUUAAAAAAAUCCAUUCCGGAUUCAAAAAUU